AUGGAUGGUUACAAGAACAUACUUGGCUGCACCAAAAACCUCGACCCUCGCCUUUUCCAGGCUUUUGCAGGUGACAAGGCAUGUCUUUGCAAGGCGAUUCAAUCCGUCUACCGAAAGAUUGGCAGACUACCAGAUGUCACUGCUGCGAAAUAUAUCACCAAGCGCAAUCCAACUUUGUACACCCUGCUUCCAAGGGAUACGUCUGCGUUCUCGAACCUUCAGCAUUUCUCCUUCAACGGCGCUCAUAAUGUUGCCCAUAUCGUGGUUCCAAAAGAGUGCUUUGCGAACCACAACGUUUACAUAUAUUAUCGACUUUUCCACUUCGGCUGUCGGCAGGCAAAGAGCGUCCGGAUUGUCGGUUAA